AUGACGUUGCAGCUGAGAGCACAGGCGCCAGCCCCGAAGCGACCACCAAAGAUGGCCUCAAAUCAGUCCUUGAACCAUCUCUUGAACUUCACACUCCCUCCUAGACAGAUUCAGCCUCAUAUUGUGCCUAGGAGGAGUAAGAAAGCUGUUCAUUCAGCUGUGUGGAACAAGGAGAGGUUCGUGAAUGCGCAGUACCGGUUUGUUAUGAAUCCAAGCGGGGACUAUACAGUCCACUUCGCGGAUCCAGACAUCUUUUUCCAAUGGCACGAUAUAUUGCAAGUCAUUAUUCCACGGUCCUCGGCCUUAGCAUCUGCUAUUUUCGUCGGCGGGGAGCAAAGUGUGCAGGAGGAGGGGGUUAAGACCUGUCCUAUCUGUUUGUCCCCUCCGACUGCUCCGCGAAUGACAAAAUGCGGGCAUGUAUAUUGUUUUCCUUGUGUCUUACAUUACCUGAGCAUGUCGGACAACCUCAAAUGGGCGCGAUGUCCGGUGUGCUUCGACACGCUCAACGAGAAACAGUUGAAAAGUGUCAAGUGGUAUGAUGGGCCUCAGUUACAAGAGGACGAGCCUGCUCUUGCCAGUGGCUCCUCGUGUAUCACGCAGAUUUCGGACCAUGAUGCGACACCUCGAGCUGGAUCCACAAUGCGGAUGCGACUGAUGCAACGUCCUCAGAUGACGACCCUUGCAUUACCACGCUCACGUACUUGGCCAUCGGACUUGAUUCCACCUCAUCAGGCUCCUUUUCACUUUCUUCCCGAUGUGUAUGCAUAUGCCAAGUUCAUGCUGGCCACUCCUGAAUAUCUAAUCGCCGAUCUCUCCCACGAUUUGGAUGCGCUCGCCGUAGAACGCCGGAUGAUGGCCAGCAUGCGAGAUGAACUCAGCAUUUCGUUUAUUGAUGCAGCUGACCAGAAGAUUCGUCAUCAGAUUGCCAAAGCAACUGCAUUAGAAUCGCCGCAGCUGAAGGAAGCCAUUGAUAGAACUCGCAAAGAUUGCGACGACAUCAUACGACGUCACAACCUUGAAUGUGCGCGAAAGCUUGCUGGGGAGACGAAAGGAGCUGCACUCCCCGAGGCACCAGAAGAAUUUCUUGCCACAGGUUCGAGCUCUGGGAUUUCCGUAUCUUGGCACAUUCCUGUCACUCCCGAGUCGACACCAGCACCCGUUCCGACUCUCCCUGUCAAUGCUUUCAACAAUCGUAGUCACAGACAGCGCCGUAACAUUAAUCCUCCUCCUCCAUCUACGCAGACCUACUACUACUAUCAGGCAGCGUCUGGCCUGCCUAUCUAUUUACAUCCUCUGGACAUCAAGAUCCUCUUCUCGCACUUCAACAGUUAUGCUUUAUUCCCAGACACAAUUACAGUCUGUGUAGAAUCUGCUAGUGAAGGUACUGUUAACGACGACCUGCGCAAGAGGUGCAAGUACCUCGCACACACACCAGAGGGUGCAGAUGUUGUUUUCAUCGAAGCAGACUUAGAGGGAGUUGUGGGUCAAGAGGGUCUCAAGAAUUUCGAAGGGGCGAUAAAACUACGUAAGUCCAGGAGGAAGGAGAAAGGUAGGAAGGACGACCGCGCACGUGCACGCGCGGAGGAACGCGAAAGAGAGAGGGUUGCUGUGCCGUGGACGGAGUCUGUGUUCUCGGCGCCUCUCGAUCCCGUUUGUCAUGCUGUGGAAAUUGAGGGGAUAGCGAAUCACGAGUCCCCUUCCCCGCAGAUUAGCGGUGCUUGGGGUUCGAUGAGCUUUGCAUCUGUUGCGCACUCUGCAUCGGGUGCAGAACUCAGACCUCGGAAUAUAAACAACCGCAAUGCGAGCCAGGAUAUCGGGGACGAGUGGGAAUUGGAUGCAGCUUGGCACGAACUUGAGCAGCGAAGCACAGGCGGACAAGGGAACAAGAAGAAGAAGGGGAAUAAACUUGUCGUCAUGGGCGGUGGAGCGGGGGGGCGAAGGCGAUAG